GUGAAGGUUAAAAAUAUAUAUCAAAUAUACGUAUAAGAUAACAUAACUUUACCUUUCAUCUUUUACAAAAAUACUGAAAAAAUAUUUAAAUUUUAAAUUGCAUACAGACAGGAUAUUUCAUCAAUUAUUCGUUGCGUCGGAUAUAAAAGAAUUUAAAUCUCCGGUUUUAUUUGAACAAAUCAUUCAACCGAUACGGCCAGCAAAUCGUAUUAAACUUGAACUUCCGUCUCACAUGUGUAGUUAGGUAGGGUUGGUGUGUACACGUAUCUGUCCAUCUUGAAACGCAGUUUUUGACCAAUUUGAACCACUCACCAAAACAGCAAAAUGUCAUGGGAUAGUUAUAUAGAUAAUUUGAUUGCUCAUACAAAAGAUGGCAGUGGCAGUGCGAAUGCAGACAAGGCUUGUAUUAUUGGCCUUGAUGGUUCAAAGUGGACAACAGAUGCGCCAGCAACGGCUAUCAAGAUAACAGCUGCAGAGGCUGCCACUAUUGGAAAAGCUUUUAAAAGUAGAGAUUUUUCACCAUUUAUGUCGAGUGGAGUCACUGUGGAAGGAAUAAAAUACCAAUUUUUAAGAGAAGAAGAUAAUAAAUUAGUCUUAGCGAAAAAGAAAGACCUAGGUGCACUAACUCUACAAACUUCCAAAACAGGUGUGGUAAUUGGUCAUACCAAAGAAGGAGGUCAACAAGGCAAUACGAACAAAGGAGUUGCAACAAUAGCUGAAUAUCUAGAAUCCUUAAACAUGUAGAACAGUCGUCAACAAGUUACUGACAAUAACCUAUGCAUCUAUGCACAAUAUAUUUCCUAAAAACUAAGCAAUGUUUCUAUUGAGGUUCGCAUUAUACUUUAAUAUCUCUGUUUUACAUUAUACAAUUAAUAAAACAUACAUCUGACAAUUA